AUGUUGUAGUCAGGAAAUCUGAAUGGUCUCGUCCAGACAGAAAGAAGCGGCUCUGUCUUCAACAUGACGGACAUGGAAGAGUCAUCUGAAGCGCGAUAUCAGCUGGACUCUGUGCUGAGUAACCUCUAUGACUUCGGUGAUGACUUUGUGAAUAGUGAAGACCACAUACCUGAGCAUGGAGAAACCAAUGGACUUUUAGAAGGAAAAGAGGCUGAGAAAGUGAAUGGCAAGGAAGAAGAUCAGCGACCGGUGUUGUGUUCUAAAAAGGGAAAGAAGAACGUCACCAUCUUCUUUGAUUCUAUUAAGGAUGAACUGUGUAGUCAGGCCAAGAACCCUACUAUGUCUAGUAGUUCUGUGUCAAAGCCGCCUUCUGUUGACGUUGUGACCUUUGUUAGUCGCAAAGUCAAGAAUCAAAGUAACGAGAAGACUAUACAAGAUGUGAAUACAGAGAAAAGCAAUGAGACAGAAGACAACUGUCUAGAGUUUAAUUUUGAAAAGGCUCGGUUGGAAGUGCACAAGUUUGGGAUUACAGGCUACAAAAAAGACAUUCAAAGAAAAUUUGAACAGGAGCGUGCUAUAAUGCUCGGAGCAAAGCCUCCCAAAAGACAGUAUGUGAAUUACAAGCUCUAUCAAGAACAACUAAAGGAAAAGAACCAAGUACAGAAAGAUAAAAAUGUUAUGGAAAAUAGCUUGGAACCGGUAAGAAAAAUCCGAAAACAGGGAAAGAAUGACAGAAAGUCCAGAAAAACGAAAAGCUCUCGGACGGCACCUUCCGGGCAAGUUGGAAGGUUUAGAGAUGGAGCAUUGAUCCUAAGUGGCAAAGACAUCGAGAAGAUCAAAAAGUCAAAGGUUAUUAAAGGAUGACGUUUCCAAUCCAAGGACUAAAUACUAAAGUACAUAUUUUUAUUUGUACGUUGCGUAAAACUGUGGCUGCCGACAACUUUAAAAGCUAAUAAAUGAUGUUUGGAUUGACGCCGCGUAAAUUUUCAUCUGGCAGAACAGAAGUAUAAACUCUAAACUGUGCUCAAGCUGUCAAAGAAUUUGUAUCUUUCCUCUAGAGCAAGCUGCAUUUUAACAUACAAUGCUAUUGUGAACUAGUUUGAGCUAUUUUGAAAUUUCGUCUUUUUUUAAUAUUUUUUUUGUUUUUUGAUAGAUUCUAUGGAUGAUAAAUUAAAAACUGGAU